CAUUGCAAACGAAUUGAGUGUGUGUAUGUGUGGCGCCGCGGUGCUGCUUUCUUCAUACGAAACACACACAGGCUAGCUACUGCAGCUCCAGUGGUAUAAGCCUAUGUGCCAUUUGGUACAGGGAGAACGUCGAAAUGGCGGCUAACGAAUGUGUAGUCUGCAUUCGAUGAAAGUAUGGGAGACAUAGCGGCAAGUAUAUAUGGUAUGCAGCAGCUAUCGCACUGAGUCAGCUUUGCAAGAGAUCAAAGAGAAUAAAAUACAAUCUGGUUUCCGCCAUCUUGUUCCAUAAAUCCUCUUCAUUUGCUGCAAAAUGGUUUCGGGAGUAGUGGACACGUCCACUUCGAGUGACAACCCCGACGGAGGGGAGAAACGAAACAUCACAUGCUUUCGAUGCUGCUCGGCUACUGCGUUAUUGGUACUGCUCUCCGUCCCUCACAUGAUCCUGGGCCUCCCUAGUAUGGUAGUGGGAGUGAUCCUCUACAGUGACGCGCACAUCUGGCUCGCACACACGGUAUCGCCGAUAUGGAGUGGUGUCUGCUUUUUCUUCUGCGGAGUGUUUGGAAUUGUCUCUGCCAAAAGGACGUCUCCUUACACGAUCUUUUGUUUCUCGUCGUUCUGCAUCAUCAGUCUAAUGGUAAGCAUCAUCGACAUGCAGCUCCUGAGACUUGGUCUAGUCAACCACACAACAGAUGGACAGACAUUCCUCAAGGAUAACGUGGAUCCUGUGAUCCGGAUCGCGUUGGGGAUCGCAGGCGGAGAGAGUUUCAUCUGUGCUCUGAGCGCCCUGUUCAGCUGCCUGGUCGGGCAGCAUGUCCGCAGGACACUCCGAUCCGGUGGGACACGGGUUGUCUCCAAUGAACAUCUCGUCGCACAAAGACAGGAACAAAUCAGACAGCAACGGGAGCACGAGAGGAAAGUGUUGGAGAAGAUGGAGAAAGAACGUGCCAAAUCAAUCCGCUAUCAUCGAGUUUGAAGAGCGCCAUCUCAGGCGGAGCUGAUGACGCAAGGCAGUAAAUAUGCAGCAUUUUGCCUUUUUCUGUCUGAUUCCGCCGCAACAGAGAAAUUGAUAAUUUAAUUCAUUUCAAAGGUCAUCUUGUAAAUUAAUCACUUUUCACAAAUUUUAUAUGUAACAAUGCGCCAUUUUAAGGUUUCUACUCUUAUUCAAAAUAACAAGGCUGACAGAUUCUACGGCGUCUGAGAUUAAAUAAGCUAUAUGUCUCUUAGAAGUCGUAUUUGUUGUUGUUGUUGUAAUUAUGCAACAUUCCACGACUGGAAGUUUUGAGUUAUGUUGCGGCUGACAGGAAAUAAUAAGCCUAUUUAUUUCAGAGGUUGUCUUAAGAGUAUAGUACUUAUCGAAUUUUAUAUUUAACAUUGCACAAUUUAACGUUAAGUAAUAAUUUAUUUAGUAUCUGUUACUUCUAUAAAUGCUUGUAAAGCCUCUUUUUCAGUCAUCAACCUUGAAUUUUCGUUUUUAAACCGACUUGCUAAUGUGUUAAUGAUCGUCUAAUUUGCAGGCUUGGGCCAAAUUAUAAGUUAGACUUUGUUGUUACGAUUGGUAAAUAUGUAACAAAAACGAAAAAUGAAGACCAAAUUCCGAAAUGAAUGGGGGGAAGGAAUCAUGUUGUGUGGUUAACAACUAUUGCUUUCUUUAAGGAAAUAUUUUUUUCUUGUUAAUUCCAGAUGAAAGUACGCUUGUUUUUCACUUGUUUCAAAUGUUGACUUUGUUGUUGCAUUAAUGGCUGCAUUGUUCUAAGUUUAAAUAUUUUCUGUAUAUGUUGUGUGUACAUAUAGAUUUUACAUUGACAGAGACAGUUUUUAGUGUUUACAAGAAAUCUUAGUCACACUGGUAUUGGUAUUAUGUGGCGAUAACUCCGAUGAUACAAGACAAACAGUAUUUAUCUCUAAUUAAAGACCAAUAAUAUGAACUGACAGUAUUUUUACCAGUAAAGUAUACUUACACAAAAAUGGUAUUGUAAAACCAUAUAAUGAGUUAGCCCCAUUAUGUGAGAGUUAUUGUUCUAGUUCCCCUUGUAUUCAAGAUUUACUACUACUUAUUGGCACACAAGCCCCCCCCCCCCCCCCGGUGAUGUGCUUCCCGCAAUGUCGAUAGUGUUCUGUGAAUCAGUAACAGAUCGGGUAUACUUUUAUAGGGUUAUAGAAUAUAUUGUUGUGCUUUUGUAAACGUUUAUGAUAUGAGAAUCUAUAUGAUUUGCAACGAAAAUGACUGUAAUGAAUUAUAAUUUGUAUAGUGCUUUGUGUAGACUACAGUGUAGUGUGUGGUAAAUUUACAAGAUUUGGUGUGAUGUUUUAAAACACCACAUGAUUUAAAAGAGGGUAAGGGGACCCCUUGGAAUAUUUUCAUGUUAUCACCAUGCCCUGGGCCAUGUUGACAUUAUUAAGCGACAUGCUUGCUUGGAAGUUAGAUAAUCAAUCUCUAUACACCUGUGCAAUGCGCUGAUCAAAUUAUUUCAAGGGAGAUACAUCAUCCCGAGUCAAGAGCUCUCCCGUAGACACAAUAGGUUCGGAUUGGGACUUUCGUUAAAAUAAUAAUACCAAUCAUUAUAAAAAUCUAAAUUUAAAUAAAUCAACAAGUCAUAUUGUUACAGGUAACAUUUGACCUAUAUACAUGUAACAGUAAAGCAUAACUUUAAAAUACACGGUUUCAAUAGAUUAGGCCUAGACAUAAUCUGAUUAGAUAAAGAUAUUUAUUAUAAUAUACAUUGAGCUUAUUACAUGUUUAUUGUUUUCUCUUAUGAGAUGAAUUGUUGUCUUACGAAAUUCGUAUUUUUAAUGUAUUAUUCAUUUAUUAAUUCUUUCAGAACAAGGCAACAAAAUGUUGUAUUCGCUAAUAAAUUCUACUGUGAACAAAAUACAUUAAGCAUGAUUAUCACAAAAAUAAGGACAAAUAAUCAUACUACACUACUACACUGUAGUAGUAAAGUUCAGUCCUAUCCCGGUAUAUUGACAGUAUAGGGGAGUAAUAUACCCCAAUGACUUCAUUCCCUAGCAAUAACUAUUACAAGAGUCAAGUCAUGAUUAUCACUUCUUAUCCCGCAUAGAGAGGAAGCGUCAGAUAAAAGCGGAAUGCUUUGAAUAAAAUAAGAUAACAUAUCUUCCUGGGCACUGACAUGUGCGAACUGCCCUACAUUCCCAUUGCAGUGACGUCCGAUGCACGAGCGGCGUCAUUUCGAUUGCGUCAAUAAUAAUAUUGCGCUGAUCAAGUCUGUGAAGGGAAUGAACCCAUGCGCCAGCAUUUCUAACUAAUUCGAAGCAAUGUUUGCACUGUUCAUUCUACAUUCAUUACUUACUUAAUGUCCCGUCACAUAGUGCGUCAGAGACUACGCCAGUUGUUGACACAGUGCUACGUUAGCAAAAUGACGCCUUGGAUGCAACGGACAACAAAAAAAAAGGACACAUAUUUUGUAUUAUAAAACCUGUUUCAACUUUAGAUAUUUCCAUCUAAUACUUAAAAUGUCAUGUUCAUUUCCAUUCAGUAUUGAAAAUAUUGUUUUAACAGCACUUCAAUAUCGUGAUUAUUGUUCACGUGGAAUUAGGAAGCUCUCUAAGUGGGGGAAGAUUACAGAAUAUUUUGCAUUUAUUCAACACAUUUUAAAGGUAUCCUGAAGAUUUGAAUCUUAUUCAAGAUAUAUCGUAAAUACAUGUUUACUCAGAAGUGUCAAGACGACCAAAGAAAAUGUCAGAAUGUUGCGCCGGAGGCCCGGAACAACAACGUUCGUAUGAAUAAUUCUCAUUUUCCUCAGCUCGGUAAAAAGGAGAAUAAAUAGCCAUAUCUUUUAUGAAUCACUCUCAAAUCUAAAUGUAAAGGAACAACGGGUCUGUGUUUGAUACUUUCGCAACAUCACAACCUGUAUCUUAAUAACAGUUUUGAUGAUAAGAUUUUGUAGAUUUUGUAUCUUCUGACCUUGUGUUAGGCUUGUUAUUAUAUUUUCUUUGAUAUAAGACAGUGGGAAAGGUUAAGUUAUAAUCAUGUAUUGUUUGUUAACCUAGUGUGUUUUUAUCGAUUGGAAUAUCCUGUGUAUUAGUGACUAAUCAAUACGGCAAUAUGAAGUUCAUAUGAUAAAGAGAAAGGUAACUAGGUAAUCUUUCAAACGGAGGCAGGCAUAAAAUGUAAAUAGAGUGUACACCACUAAAAAUAUGCAGUAACUGCUCCGUGCAUCUCAGUGCAAAGAUGUAUCAUAAAGUGACUAAUGUAGAUUUGUUGCCGUGUGCUGUAUGUAUAUUUGCCGCUUGGAAAAAUAAUGCAAUAAAAUGUCAUAGCGAAUAAGCCUGAAAUAUCGGAA